AUUAAAUUGACUAUUAUGAACAACACAAUGCAGAUAAUGGUAAUGUAAAAAAAAGUACAGAUAAAACAAACACUAUUUCAGUAGGUCACGCGUGGAGUUGAAAAACAGUGACCCCGCCCCACUGUAUACGCCGCCCCAGUGGCCUAAUGGAUAAGGCACUGGCCUCCUAAGCCAGGGAUUGUGGGUUCGAGUCCCAUCUGGGGUGUUCUCCUUUUCGCUAUCGCAUAAGAUAACCUUAGCCUUCAAAGAAGUCAUUUAAGUGCUUCGUUGUCUGUGGAAGAAAAUCUUCACAGAUCAAUCUUAAUACGUUUGAAGAAUAUGUGUGCCUAACUAGGCGAGAGGCAAGCAGAACACGGGACUUCCUCGGCUGACAUGGAUAAGCGCAGAAUGGCACUCUGCGUACUGCUGAGCACUUUAGCUGCAUCCGUAAAAUCCACGGAUGAAUUCAGAAGAGCGAACGUGAAGCUCCAAACUUACCGUGAGUAACCUUACUGUGGCGUGUCUGUACACGGCGGGAACCAAUUUUAUAUCCCUAUAACUCCGCUAAACACAAACAUGUAACCCAUCCUCCUACAAUGGUAGAACUCCAAGAGGCCACUGUGCACUGGGAUGCUGCCCAGAAAAGUGUGAUCCUGAAGGAGGGGUUGAUGGAGACCGAGGGGGGAGCGUAUGGGUACUUCAAUGACACUCUGCUCCUCUCAGGAUGGGGCGUCCUGGAGAUCAAUGCAGGCUAUGGAGAAGUCACUCAGGAAGAUGAGACCACCUUCUUCUUGGCUGGCUACCUGGAAGGUUACCUCACUGCUGGACAGAUGUUCAGUCAUUACUCCAACAUGUACCCUCAGCUGAUCAAGGAUGAAAAGGUUCUGGAGCCCUUGAAAAACUUUUUGAGCAAACAAGACCAGUGGGCCAGAGAGCAGGUGAAGCUCAGGAGAAACAGUGACCCCUUGUGGAGGCAUAUGGGACUGAUCCUGGCUCAGCUGGAUGGACUCCACGCAGGAGCUGCACUGUGGGCCAAAAGCAAACACAGGGAGCCUCUAUCAGCGUUCACGGUCCAGUUUCUAAAUGGUGUCGGUGACCUCUUGGAUCUUGUCCCAGCUCUGACACCUCGCUCCAACUCCUCCGCAGGGUCCGGCGCUUUCAGGAUGCCUGGAAUGGGCCACUGCACAGCUCUCAUAAAGGUUCUUCCAGGCUUUGAGAACCUGCUAGUCGGCCACUCUAGCUGGUAUACUUAUGCAGCCACCAUGCGGAUCUAUAAACACUGGGACUUCAAGGUGUCUGACACACACGUAGCCACUGGAAAGAUGUCGUUCAGCAGCUACCCUGGCUUCCUGAUGUCUCUGGAUGACUUUUACCUCCUUGGGAGCGGCCUCCUGAUGACUCAGACCUCCAUCGGCAUCUUCAAUGCGUCUCUGUUCUCUCAGCUCAGCCCUCACAGCCUGCUGGCCUGGCAGAGGGUCCGACUGGCUAACAGUCUGGCGCACACCGGAGAGGAGUGGGCGCAGGUUUUCUCCAGAUACAACUCAGGCACAUAUAACAGCCAGUACAUGGUGGUGGACCUGAGCAGGAUUUCUCUGAGUAAAAGCAUCAGGGAUGGAGCUCUGACUGUUGUAGAGCAGAUUCCCGGGAAAGUCAUGGACUCUGAUCAGACUCGGGCGUUGCGCAGAGGUUAUUGGCCAUCAUACAAUAUACCAUUUCAUGCUGAAAUCUACAACCUGAGUGGGUACAGUGUGAUGUGGAAGAGAUACGGGGAAGACUUCUCCUAUGAUCUCUGUCCCCGAGCUAAAAUCCUCCGCAGGGACCAGGCGAAGGUGUCCGACCUCAUCUCCCUCAAACGCAUGAUGAGAUACAACAACUACAAGAAAGAUCCCUACUCAAAGGGCCAUCCCUGCAAAACCAUCUGCUGCCGUAACGACCUGAGACCAAGGAGGCCACGGCCAGGGGGCUGCUACGAUACUAAGGUGACGGACUACCAGAUGGCGCUCCAGCUGGUUGCCGAGGCAAUAAAUGGCCCCACGACGCAGGGGGGUCUGCGCCCAUUUUCAUGGCAGUCCUUUAACUUCACGAUUCAUCAGGGACUCCCCCACACGUACAGCUUUCCCUUUAUCACCAUGAGGCCCGUGCUGGGCAAGCCAUAAGAGCACGGAGAUGGAAGAUGCCAUGCGUCCAUGUGCAACUGUGUUCAAAUUCACAAAUCCUGUGUCACAACACUUAACAUCCUGUUGGUGCAGCUAAACAGAGAGAAAAAACGUCAUUAUUUUGCCAAUGUUGGUGGUUUUUUAUUAAUAAUUUAAGCAUCCAUUUAAAAAACAAACAACAACUAAAACUGAUCAAAAGUAUACUGAACAUCUGCCACUAGAUGCAGUGAGGUGUGUAAAGUUUCCACAGACGUUUGGAUUUAAACCAUCAGGAAAAUCCUGUUCAUUUUAUAUUUAUUAUAAUUACAAUACUGUUUUUGAGUACAACUCUAUGCCGUAUCUACUCAGGUUUGCACAUUGUGGAAGAAAAUUAUCGAAGUUUGCAUUAAUAUUAACUGCACUAAAUUAAAUUAUAGCCUGUGGUGCAUUUUGUCUAUAUAAACAGAAAUAAAAUUCACAAAAACUACAACUGUUUUGUGCAAAAUAUGAAAGGAAAAGAUGCUAUUUUCAAAAUAAAAUAUUCACAAAAGG